CGUCCCCUUCUCUGAUUGGCUGAGCCGUUGCCAAGAUGUUUACAGGAAACAUGGCUUCCCUAUCUGUUGUAGAACCUCAAGAAAUGGAAGUGGAUCGAAGGGGAGAGUCUGAAGAGUCAGGUGAUGAUGAGACCAGGAGGAAGAGCAUCAAUGGCGACAUGGAUCCAACUCAGCCUGCUGCCACAGAUAAAGAAGAGUCUCCUGUCGACAUGGACACCAUCACUUUGGACCCCGAAGAGGAGGAUGUUGAUCUUGUUCAUUGUCGUAUUGGAAAAAUUGAAGGACUGGAAGUGCUGCAGAAAGCUAAAACCCUCUCCUUACGACAGAAUCUCAUUAAAAAGAUAGAAAACCUCGACAGUUUGAGCGCGCUGCGGGAGCUCGAUUUGUACGACAAUCAAAUCCGCAAGUUGGAGAACCUCAACAAACUCACAGAGUUGGAGCAGCUCGACGUGUCCUUCAACAUUUUAAGGAGGGUGGAAGGUGUGGAGCAGCUGACUCAGCUGAAGAAACUUUUUUUGCUUCACAACAAAAUCAGCAGCAUUGCCAACUUGGAGCACUUCCCUUGUCUGGAGAUGCUAGAGCUGGGCUCCAAUCGUAUUCGAGUAAUAGAGAACCUGGAUGCACUUCCGUCUUUGCAAAGCUUAUUCCUUGGUACCAAUAAGAUCACCAAGCUGCAGAAUAUGGACAGUUUACACAACCUGACGGUGUUAAGCAUUCAGAGUAAUCGGAUUACUAAAAUGGAGGGUUUGCACAACCUCGUCAGCCUGCGAGAGCUCUACCUGAGCCAUAAUGGCAUUGAGGUCAUCGAGGGCUUGGAAAACAAUAAAAAGCUGACAACCCUGGACAUUGCAGCCAACAGAGUGAAAAAGAUUGAAAACGUCAGCCAUCUAACAGAGUUGCAGGAGUUCUGGAUGAACGACAACCAGAUUGACAACUGGUCCGACCUGGACGAGCUGAAGAACGCCAAAUCUCUGGAGACGGUCUACCUGGAAAGAAACCCGUUACAGAAGGACCCGCAGUACCGGCGAAAGAUCAUGCUGGCACUCCCCAGUGUCCGCCAGAUCGAUGCUACUUUCAUUCGCUUUUGAAGUGCAGUAUAUACAAUCCACGCGACUACUUCACAAUGUUCUCUCGCCACCCACAAAAAAAGACUUCAAGAUGGGCACAUUGGCAUCACUGAAUUACAAAUGCGGCAUUUACAAAUAUACAGUCUUAACAUUUAAAGUCACCCACAACUCACUUACUAUACAUGUAUGCACUCGUUCACCACUUGAUCUAUUGUGUGAAGCUUUAUUCACGAUGCUGGAUAUGAACUGUGAAAUAACACGUAACUAUCACGUUUGUUUUCUGCACUUGUACGCUUCAGGAGGGUCACAAACGGCAUAUUAAUCCUGUUUUUUAAGAUGCACUGAAAUUAAAGAAGAUUCAACAGGGGAUCAUUUCCAACAUCAUGCUCUCAGAAUACUGUUGUACACUUCAAAAACACUCCUGAACUAGGUAUUAAACACAAAACUUAAGAUGCAGCUUUUAUUCGCCUGUUUUUUUAAAGACAUUUACAAAAAAACCUGAUGAAUGUCCAGCAGUCUCGUCUCUUCCUCCUCUUUCACAAGAGUGACCUCCUUGUAGUAAAAUAAUGCUUACAACAAUGUAAAAUCACUGCUGAAGAUGGUAAAUAAUGCUUUUUGUAAUACAAUAUUGAUCACUG